AUUUUUAAUAUUAUGGCCUCUUCUAUGGCAAAUAAGAAGGAAACUUUUGAUUGGCUUGUUAAAAUUCUAUUGAUAGGGGAUUCUGGUGUUGGGAAAACGAAUGUGCUAUUACGAUUUUGUGAAAAUAAUUUCCAGCCAUCAUACUUAUCAACAAUUGGAAUAGAUUUCAAAAUAAAAUCGAUCGAUGUUGAAGGAAAGAAAAUAAAGAUGCAAAUAUGGGAUACUGCAGGAUAAGAGAGAUUUAAGACGAUUACUCAAACUUAUUAUAAAGGAGCUAUGGGGAUCAUCCUCGUAUAUUCUGUAGAAGACAGAGAAUCAUUUAACAAUAUUUCUAAUUGGAUGAAUCAAAUUAAGUAACAUGCAAGUGAAAAUGUAUGUAAAUUACUAAUAGGUUUAUAUUUUAAUUUUAUUCAUUUACCCUAGGAAACAAAAUUGAUGUGCCAAAUAGAAAAGUCUCUAAAGAAGAAGGAGAAUCAUUAGCUAAACAGUUUGGAGUCCCUUUUUUUGAAACUUCAGCAAAGGAAGGUACAUAAGUGUCAGAUGCCUUUUAUGCAAUUGCCAAAGCAGUCAAAGCAAAUCUAUAAAAUGAAAAAUCACCCAAUCCAAGUGUUCCUUCGAGUGGAAAUUCAAAAUUAAAAUCAAAUAAUCCUGCUGCAGAUGAAAAAAAGAAUGGUGUAUGUUGCUGAUCUGAAUAACAAUUAAACAAC